CCCUGAGUACAUCCCUGCAGUGUUCCAGCCCUUCCUGCAGUGCAGGCAGAGUGUGACCCAACGCAGCACGCAGGGAGCUGCCUCGAAGCCAACCCCUGCCCCCGGGAAUCUCCUCCUCGCUCCCAGGAGCCCCGCGCUGACUCACACCCCGCACACCCUGCCAUGCGCUCCUGCCCUGCGAGCACCGACCCGGCCUCUGCGGGACGUCCCCAGAGCAGCUAACAGAACCGGGAGACCAUGAACUGGUCAGUGUUCGAGGGGCUGCUCAGCGGGGUCAACAAGUACUCCACAGCCUUCGGCCGCAUUUGGCUCUCCCUCGUCUUCAUCUUCCGCCUUCUGGUCUACGUAGUGGCAGCCGAGCGCGUCUGGAGCGACGACCACAAAGACUUUGACUGCAACACGCGGCAGCCGGGCUGCACCAACGUCUGCUAUGACCACUUCUUCCCCGUCUCCCACAUCCGCCUGUGGGCCCUGCAGCUCAUCCUGGUCACCUGUCCCUCGCUGCUGGUCAUCAUGCACGUGGCUUACCGCGAGGCCAAGGCUCAGCAGCACCGCGCCGAGCGGGGGGACGGAUACCGCUCCCGCUUCCCCAACCCCGGCAAGAAGCGAGGCGGGCUGUGGUGGACGUACCUGUUCAGCCUCAUCAUCAAGGCUGGCGUGGACCUGGUUUUCCUCUACAUCUUCUACCGCUUCUAUAGGAACUACACCCUGCCCCGCUUGGUGAAGUGCCAGCUGCCCCCCUGCCCCAACGUCGUGGACUGCUUCAUCUCCCGGCCCACUGAGAAGACUAUAUUCACCCUCUUCAUGGUGGUCACCACCUGCAUCUGCAUCGUGCUCAGCCUGGUGGAGGCUGCCUACCUGAUUGGGAAGCGGUGUCGGGAGCGCCUGCAGGCUGGCACCAGGGAGAGCCACCGGAACAGCCAUGACUGUGCCGAGCCUGCAAGCACAGAGGGACAGGUGUUCCAUGGGGUGGGAUACAAAGCCCCCAGUGCCUCCAUCCCUACCACCUCCAUCCCUACAACCUCCAUCCCCACAGCCUCCAUCCCUACAACCUCCAUCCCCACCACACUGCCCGAGCAGGAGAAGAGUCCUUCCUAGGGCUUCUGGAGCACUGUCUGCCCAAGAUCCUGCUCCAGAUGGGACCAUCCCAAGUCCCCAUCGUGGGAGCACUGGGGUGGCUCAACCAUGGAGCUUCUCCCCUCCUCAAGGCAAGGCAGUUCGCAUCGUUCUGGUGGAUUUAGGGUAAGAGCAGGUGCUGCAAGAUGAACCAGCGGGUACCGCAAGUUGAGGGGCAAGCAGCUCUGUGCCAUGCACUGAGCCUGUCUCAGCUCAGUGCCUCAUUGGGUCCUGAGUGUAUCUUUGCAGCAAAUAAAUAUU